AAAGAAGACUUUUUCUAAGAUCUAUCAUCUUCAUUAGCAAAGACUCAAAAUUCAUGACUUGGCCGGUGCCUUUCCCAUUAUAAAGAAGUUUCUCCCAACUAAAAAGGGCGAGACAGCUAGAGAAACAAAGAGGUGCAACAGAUGAUGAUGAGAAGCAUGGAUGCUGAUAAAGAAGACGAUCAAUUUUUGUUGCCAGGGUUUCGGUUUCAUCCCACCGAUGAAGAGCUAGUGUCCUUUUAUCUUCUCAAAAAGAUCGAGAAGAAGCUGACCGCUAUUGAGCUUAUAAAACAGAUUGACAUCUACAAAUAUGACCCCUGGGAUCUUGCAAAAAAUAGCCGGACUGUUACAGACAAAGAGUGGUAUUUCUUUUGCAGAAGAGGGAGAAAAUAUAGGAAUAGCGUAAGACCCAAUAGAGUCACGGGGUCUGGAUUUUGGAAAGCAACCGGCAUAGACAAGCCAAUAUAUUCUGUUGAAGAAGGACACAGCCGCGGUGACUGCAUUGGGUUGAAGAAAUCAUUAGUGUACUAUUGUGGAAGUGCAGGAAAAGGCACCAAAACUGAUUGGAUGAUGCAUGAGUUCCGCCUCCCCGCAGACCAGAAAAAUGCUACUCUCCCCACUGCCAAGGCUGCUGAUCAAGAAGCUGAAGUAUGGACACUUUGUCGAAUUUUUAAGCGAAAUGUGCCACAUAGAAGGUACACACCAGAUUGGAGAGAAGUACCUGCUAAACGCAACCCAACGAAUUCAAAACCUGAAACAUGUGAUAUGAGUCCAGAAAAUUGGGAAGGCUACGUUAGUUCUGGGGCUCCAGUUUCUCUUCAUAAAGGGAAGAAGCCUGUUGGUAGUCACAUUGAUGAAGGGAACCCACUGCCCGCAGGCCAGGUGAGCUCGAUUGUUCAAGGUUCACAACCAGAGUCAUGUUCAUCAAGCAUUUUGAGUAACGAUGCUAGGGAGUUCUUUGCACAUGGAAAUUGGGAUGAGAUCGUAUCAUUCAUGGAGCUUUCUUUUGAUCCAUCAUCUAUAAAUAAUUUUAAAAUUAUGCAUUAGUACUGAAUUUUAGUUAUAUAUGGUCUACAACUAGGGGUGCAGUUUACUGUUUGAUGUAUGCAUAAAACUAAUUUCGUGGUUGAAUAUUGCUCUCUUUCUAGUAACUUACUGCUCAUCAUCUUUAGCAGAAUUAGUGUGGUCAUAUUGG